AUGUCUGUUAAUGAGUUGGCAUCUAUUCUUUCUGUAAUGCCAAUGAAGCGUAGCCGAGUUGACACCGAAGAGGAGUUGACACUGUCGGUUGCAAUCAAGCAACAGCAACAGCAACAGAAACAGUCAACAGCGAUUCAAGCUAGGGUUCAGGAGAUAGCCAAGGAGAGUAAUCCACCGAAACUUGGUCAUUUUUUGGACAACUGCCACUAUUGCAAGAAGCAUAUGCCAGUGGGUGUUGAAGUCUACAUGUAUAGAGACUUCUGCGGGUUCUGCUCUAUAGGAUGCCGUGAGAUACAAAUGUCACUUGAUAAACUGGCAAAAAAGCAAGCAAAGCUGGCGCAAAAACAAUCAGCAAGCAUCAUCGACAAAGUGGAUCAGUGA